UUCUCCUCCUCUACCCCCCCCCCACCCCACAACACGCAGCAGGGACGACCCCCCCGAUUUGCAAACUUGCCGGAGCCGCGCUGCAGGUGCUGCUGGAUUCCUGAGAGCUGACUCUUUCUGCCAUGGAGCCAUGGGUGUACCUGGACCCCCGUCAGAGGGCACUAUAUCGAGAUGUCAUGCAGGAGAGCUACGAGACGCUGAUGUCUCUGGCUGCAGACAAGCUGCUGAACAGUAACAACAAUGAAGAGGAGGAAGAGGAGGAGGACGAUGAAGAGGAGGAGGACGAAGGGCCCGAGGAGCUGCGGCCAGGCACCUCUCAAAGCACCCCCAGGCGAGUCAAGCCCGUGGUGCACCGCGCACCGCCCAAGCAGCCACCGCCGCCGCCACCACCUCCACCCAAGAUCAUCCCGGUGGUGAAGAAGGACAAAGCAACUCAACGAGGGCAUGCGCUAAAGAAAAGCCUGGAGAGCCGCUGCUCGGACUGCACGAGGAGCCUGCAUGCGCCGCCCCGGGGCCGCCAGCGGAGCGAGGCCAACGCCGCGCGGGAGAAGCCCUUCCAGUGCUCGGACUGCGGCAAGAGCUUCAUCUGGAGCUCCCACCUGGAGCGCCACCGCCGGAUGCACACGGGCGAGAAGCCCUUCAAGUGCCUCAACUGCGGCGAGGCCUACAGCCAGAACUUCCACCUGCUGCAGCACCGCUGCUCGCAGCUGAUCGAGAAGCCCUUCAAGUGCCCCGAGUGCGGGAAGCGCUUUGCGCAGAGCUCGGCCCUGGAGAACCACCGCAAGGGCCACACGGCGGAGAAGCCCCACAAGUGCGCCGACUGCGGCAAGUGCUUCAUCUGGGCCUCCCACCUGGAGCGGCACCGGCGGGUCCACACGGGCGAGCGGCCCUUCAAGUGCCCCGAGUGCGGGGAGACCUACAGCCAGAGCGCCCACCUGGCCAAGCACCGGCGCAACCACAUGGGCGAGCGGCCCUACAACUGCCCGGCCUGCUGGCGGAGCUACGCGCUCAUCUCGGAGCUGGAGGAGCACAAGAAGACCCACCUGGGCUGCGAGGACUGCGGCAAGGUGUACCGCAGCCGCCAGACGCUGAUGCGCCACCAGAGGGGCCACCACCGCGAGCGCACGCACCUGUGCGAGGAGUGCGGCAAGGGCUUCGUGUGGGCCUCGCACCUGGAGCGCCACCGCCGCGUCCACACGGGCGAGCGGCCCUUCCCCUGCCCCACCUGCGGGGAGAAGUUCGCCCAGAAGGUGCACCUGCUUCAGCACAACAAGACACACUCGCACGCCCGGCCCUACAAGUGCGGCGACUGCGACAAGCGCUUCGGCGACAGCUCGGCCUUCCUUGCGCACCAGCGGGGCCACGCCAUGGAGAAGAACCACAAGUGCCAGUACUGCGGGAAGAGCUUCGCCUGGAGCUCCCACCUGGAGAGGCACCAGCGCAUCCACACGGGCGAGAAGCCCUACAAGUGCCCCGACUGCCCCGAGCACUUCAGCCAGACCUCUCAGCUCUUCAAGCACCAGCGCAGCCACGUGGGGAAGCGGCCCUACAAGUGCAGCGAGUGCGGGAGGAGCUUCGGCACCACCCUGGAGGUCAUCAUCCACCAGCGCACCCACUUCGGGACCAAGCCGUACCGCUGCUCCAACUGUGGGAAGGGUUUCACGCGGCGAGCCAACCUGCUGAAGCAUCAGAGGAGCCACUCGAAGGAGAGCCCCUAAAAAAUAAAAAAUAAAACGGAA